UCUAAGGCUCAUUGGUUUGUUUUAUUUUGAUUUUUAAUUUUCGGCAGUUUAGGUGCCAAGCUUUAGAAUCCGAAUAAUAGUGCAUCUAAAAUGUCUGCCGGAGUGGACGACCUCAAGAUAGAGUCCCUUUCCCUCAGGGAUGGUAUUCAGGAGUCGCCCGUGUGCAUAAUUGUGCUGGGAAUGGCCGGCAGCGGCAAAACCACGUUUACCCGGAGUCUAAUUCAGCACGCGCAGGACAAGUUCAAUCCGUACGUAGUCAACUUGGAUCCGGCUUGCCGCGAAGUACCAUAUGCAACUCACGUGGACAUAAGGGACACGGUUAACUACCGGGAGGUGAUGAAGCAGUACCAAUUGGGUCCGAAUGGCGGCAUUGUGACCGCCCUUAACAUGUUCACCACAAAAAUCGCUCAGUUUGCUGAGCUCGUGCGUCGCGCUGGUCAACGAGGACACAAGUGGUGUGUGAUCGACACUCCAGGACAGAUCGAGGUAUUCACCUGGUCCGCUUCCGGGAGUAUAAUUACAGAGGGUCUGGCCACCUUGUUCCCCACCGUUGUAGUCUAUGUUAUGGAUGUGGUGCGCAGCACCUGUCCCACUACCUUCAUGUCGAACAUGCUCUACGCCUGCUCUAUCCUAUACAAAACACGAUUGCCCUUCCUGGUAGCGCUAAAUAAGAUCGACCUGAAGGAUUACAGCUUUGUACUGGACUGGAUGACGGACUUUGAGAUUUUCCAGGAGGCUCUGGAACAGGAUAAGAGCUAUGUAAGCAACCUCACACGCACUAUGUCGCUCACGCUGGACACCUUCUACGAGAAUCUAAGCACUUGCGGUGUUUCGGCCAAGACGGGUGUCGGUUUUGACCAGCUCCUGAAGAAGAUACUAGACUGCGUGACCGAGUACGAUCGGGAUUUCAAGCCUGUGUACGAAAAGAUGCGCCAAGAGCGGCUGGCCGAGCAGAACGCGGCUCCAAAAGCAGCCGACGAAGUUGAAGAAGCCGGCGUUGCCGUUCCUCUGGGAUUGAAUCUUGAGGACCCAGCCCCGAUCUCCGGAAACGGCAUAUUCCUAAUGGCCCCUGGUCUGGUGCCCCAAGCCGUCGACAGCGAUGACGAUGAGAACAUGGAGAUAGACACCAAGGGCGCCAUGGAGGAUCAGAACUUCCAGAGCUUCGUGCAGAAUCACUUGACGGCCCAGCAGAACAAGCGGGACAAGCUGCAGCAAGCACAACCGCAGCCCUAAAGUGAUAUGGAAUGGAAAUUCCGUUAGAAAAUCGGUUAAGAAUGGUUCAAACUAAUAUAGAUAUUUUUUUAAAGCUA